ACAGACCCCACUUUUGUAGCAGACAGCCGGCGAUGUUUUUUUUCUUGGGUCUUGUGGAAUUGUAUUUGACGUCACCAUAAAAAGUCAAUUUCUUGCGUUGUAAACAUUUGUGACAAUUAAAAGAUUUCCUGAUAUGAUCAGCCUACGGGAGAAACAAAUAAAUGCAUUGAGGCAGAUGCUAAAUCUGAAUGAUCCUGAAGUGAAACUUGAUGCUGCUGAACCAACAUGGAAAAUCCUAAUAUACGACAGAGUUGGCCAGGAUAUAAUAUCCCCUCUUAUUUCCAUAAAAGAAUUACGAGAACUUGGAAUAACGCUUCACAUGCAGCUUCAUUCGGACAGAGAUUCCAUACCCGAGGUUCCAGCUAUAUACUUUUGUGCGCCAACGGAUGAAAAUUUAGGUCGUAUUGGACAAGAUCUACAAAAUGGUUUAUACGACAUUUAUCAUUUGAAUUUUAUAUCCCCAAUAUCACGACAAAAAAUGGAAGACCUUGCUGCGGCAGCUUUGCAGGCUGGAGCCGUGGCAAAUAUCCAUAAGGUUUUCGAUCAAUAUCUCAACUUCAUCACAUUGGAAGAUGAUUUGUUCAUCUUAAGACAUCAGAACAGUGACGCGAUCUCGUAUCAUGCAAUAAAUCGCGCGGAAAUAAAAGAUACCGAGAUGGAAAGUAUCAUGGACUCGAUGGUUGACAGCCUGUUUUCAGUAUUUGUUACGCUUGGCACGGUUCCAAUUAUACGUUGCCCAAAAGGUAAUGCAGCUGAAAUGGUUGCAAAAAAAUUAGACAAGAAACUGAGAGAAAAUGUCUGGGAUGCAAGAAAUAACUUGUUUCAGGGCGAGGUGACGGGCGCAGGUCAUUUCAGUUUUCAGAGACCGUUGCUUAUAGUACUGGACCGCAGUGUGGACAUGGCUACGCCGUUGCAUCAUACGUGGACGUACCAAGCAUUAGCACACGAUGUACUAGAGCUAGCUCUGAAUCGUUUGGUAGUAGAAGAGAGUGCAGGUAGAUCACCAGCCGGUGGAGCACGUUCAAAGACACGUGCUUGUGAGCUAGAUAACAGAGAUCGUUUUUGGUCAAUUCAUAAGGGAAGCCCAUUCCCCCUGGUGGCAGAAGCCAUUCAAGAAGAAUUGGAACAGUACCGAACUUCCGAAGAAGAAGUGAAAAAAUUAAAAUCCUCGAUGGGUAUUGACAGUGAAAAUGAUGCUGCAUAUUCUAUGGUAUCUAAUAACACAGCGCGCCUCACAAAUGCUGUGAAUUCAUUGCCCCAGCUUCUUGAAAAGAAACGCUUGAUUGACAUGCAUACAACGAUAGCAACAGGUAUUCUAAAUUCUAUAAAAUCCAGACGUCUUGAUACAUUCUUCGAAAUAGAAGAGAAAAUAAUGAGUAAACAGACUUUGGACAGAAGUAUAUUAGAUAUUAUUAACGAUCCUGAUUCCGGUACACCUGAGGAUAAGUUGCGUCUAUUCAUUAUCUAUUACCUCUGUUCCAACAUGUCCGAUAUUGAAUUCAAUAAACACGAAUCCGCCUUAUCCAGUUCUGGAUGUGAUUUAAACCCGUUGGCAUAUAUAAAGAGGUGGAGAGGUUAUACCCGAAUUGCCGGGAUCCAAAAUCAAUACGAAGGUGGUGGCACCAAGACAGUUAGUAUGUUCUCAAAGCUGAUGAAUCAAGGUUCUUCUUUAGUAAUGGAAGGCGUAAAAAAUCUCGUCGUUAAAAGACAUAAUCUUCCUGUGACAAAAAUAGUUGACGAGUUGAUUGAGAUGAGGCAGUCAACGCAGAGCGAUGAUUACCUUUACCUGGAUCCUAAACAACUCAAGCAAACGGAUCAAGUACCAAAAAAUAGAACCACAUUCCAAGAAGUGAUCGUUUUUGUUGUCGGAGGUGGAAAUUAUAUCGAAUAUCAGAAUCUGGUUGAUUACGUCAAGCAAAAGACUGGAGGAGGAUCGAGCAAGCGUAUUGUUUAUGGAUCAUCGACUCUGGUUAAUGCCAGACAAUUUCUUAAGCAGUUGUCUCUCCUGGGCCAAGAAACGCAUUGAUACAAUAUCUAUUAAUUGUAUUUACAGCUGUACACAUCAGAAAUGAAUUUUUGUAAUCAAACACAUAUACACACACACGAGUAUGCAAUGAUUAGGUACAUGAUGACGCUUGGAUCUAUGGAAGUAUUCAGCCACCAUUAUAUUAAAUUAAAUAUUCAUAUCUUUUAAAAAAUAAGUUAUGAUCAAUCGUUCCUGAUUAUUAUAAAAUAAAUUUUAUUCAGUUAACAAUUCCAUUUGGGCUUUGUGAGCGGUGACAACUGUAUAGCAAGUCACCGAACUCAUUCAAUCAGUACGCGCAGUAGUGAAAUCGGUAGUUCUCAUUUUAUAUUCAAGAUCAAGAAAAUAAUCAAAUACUUUGUAUUAAGUGAGGUGAGAAAAUAUAUUUUCAGAAAAUUAAUGAAGUGUU